ACAACCCUCUGCUUUCCAGCUAAAGGUCUCCAGGGAGUAUCGAACUACCACGUCUGCAGCUGGAAGAGAGGGGAAGAGGAGAGGGGGAUCAAAAUAAACCGACUGUAAGAUAGGACGGCGAGGAGCUAGGACCGCUUCAUGACAACAAAGUCGGCUGCAGCAUCUGGAGCAGAGUAGAACUUGGACAUAAAAUACGCACAGGGUGCAGCUCCAGGGUCCCCCCCCUCUUCAGACUUCCUGCUUCCAGUAACGUCCGAUUACUUGGUUAAAAUUCACCAAAAGGCGAGAAGAAUGCACAGACUGGACAAAUACCUCUCGUGUUAUAAGUAACUCGAGUUUCUCUGUAUCCCCUAGAAACUCUUUUUGCGCUGUGCGCAGAAUCGAUCUCAGUUUCGCCCGGAAAAUCGGUCGUAGGAUACGUUUUUUGUUUUUUGUUUUUUUCUCUACAUAUGAUGUUCUGACAAACAGCACAGUGAAGUUUGCGCGAAGUGUCACAGGAAGAGCUGUCCAGUUUUAGCUUUGUUUUUUAGGGGGGGAGAGAGCGUCAGGUGAUGGCACCGGAGCUGAAAUCGCUUGUCCGAUUGCUGCUGCUGGCGGUGGUGUGGGAGCUGAGCGCGCAGGGGGCGACGGAGCGACACAUCAAUCCAGAGUCAUGGCUGCAGCAGUACGGUUACCUGCCUCCAGGGGACAUGAGGACCCAUUCCCUUCGUUCCCCGCAGUCUGUCCCCUCAGCCAUUGCCGCCAUGCAGAGGUUCUACGGCCUCACCGUCACCGGCACCUUUGACACCAACACUAUUGAGGCCAUGCAGCGACCGCGCUGCGGCGUGCCAGAUAAGUUUGGUGCUGAGCUGAAGACCAACCUCAGGAGGAAGCGAUACGCCAUCCAGGGCCUCAAGUGGAACAAGAACGAAAUCACUUUCUCUAUACAGAACUACACCCCUAAGGUUGGUGAGUACGAGACCCACGAGGCCAUCAGGAAGGCCUUCAAGGUGUGGGAGAGCGUCACCCCGCUCCGCUUCCGGGAAAUCCCCUACAGUUACAUACGGGACAAGGUGGAGGAGUUUGCAGACAUCAUGCUCUUCUUUGCCGAGGGUUUCCAUGGUGACAGCAGCCCGUUCGAUGGGGAGGGAGGUUUCCUGGCACAUGCCUAUUUCCCUGGAAAUGGCAUCGGAGGGGACACCCACUUUGAUGCAUCUGAGCCGUGGACUAUUGGAAACAAGGAUCUGUUAGGUAAUGAUGUUUUCCUGGUUGCGGUGCAUGAACUGGGUCAUGCCCUUGGUCUGGAGCACUCCAAUGAUCCGUCAGCCAUCAUGGCUCCCUUUUACCAGUGGAUGGACACUGAGACCUUCCGACUCCCCGACGACGAUCGCAGAGGCAUACAGCAACUUUAUGGAUCUGGAUCAGGCCCUCAGCCCCCUCCUGUAACACCCCGUACGCCGAACCAUGGCCCCGAUCCCACAUACGCCCCAGACAUGCCUCGCUUUGGUCCCAACAUCUGUGAUGGGCACUUCGACACCAUCGGCAUCCUCAGAGGAGAAAUGUUUGUGUUCAAGGAUAAAUGGUUCUGGAGGGUACGUAACAACCGUGUUCUGGAUGGGUAUCCCAUGCCGAUUGGUCACUUUUGGAGGGGACUGCCCACUCAUGUCAAUGCUGCUUUUGAAAGGGAAGAUGGGAAAUUUGCUUUCUUUAAAGGGGACAGGUAUUGGGUGUUCACUGAAUCAAUUCUGGAUCCAGGUUACCCUAAAAGUCUAAAGGAAAUGGGCAGUGGGCUUCCUAAAGAUCGAAUAGACGCAGCUCUCUUCUACACCCCGACUGGACAGACAUUCUACUUCAGGGCAAACAAGUAUUACCGUUUCAAUGAAGAAUCACAAUCUGUUGAUGAUGGCUAUCCCAAAGCAGUUAGCGUGUGGCAGGGAGUGCCUGACAACAUCAAGGCAGCCUUCAUGAGCAAAGAUCAAGCAUACACCUACUUCUACAAAGCUAACAAAUACUGGAAGUUCAACAACCAGAUGAUGCGUGUGGAGCCGGGAUACCCCAAGUCAGCCCUUCGUGACUGGAUGGGCUGCCCCAACGAAGAUCCCAAGACGGACGGAGGUAGAGGCGGAGGUGGACACGACAAGGACAAGGAACGGGAGAAGGACAAGGAACGGGAGGAUAAAGACAAAACUAGAGACAGAGAGAGGGAGAGGGAAAGAGAGAGGGAGAGGGAGAGGGAGAGGGAAAGGGAGAGGGAGAGGGAAAGGGAGAAGGAGAGGGAUGAGGAAACGGAGGUGAUCAUUAUCAAGGUGGAUGAGGAGGAAGGGGUUGGUGGUGGCAGCGGAGCAGCAGCGGUGGUUGUGCCACUGUUCCUGUUAGUGUGUGUGAUUGCGACGCUGGCAGCCUUGGUGUUUUUCCGUCGGUACGGCACCCCACGCCGACUCCUCUACUGCCAACGAUCUCUACUGGACAAGGUGUAGACGGAGGAGGAGGAGGAGGAGGUGGAGGUGGAGGUGGGGAGCGAGGGGGCAGGGAAAGACAGGGAGAGAAAGAGAGGAAAAAAAAGUGGAAGGAAACGUUGAACACAGACGAUAAGAGCAGGAGAGAGUGCGAUAAACUGGGGAAAGAGCAGGAGGAAGAGCACCCGACUUGGGUUCCAAAAUAGUCUUACCACUGCCUGGUUCCUUCUGCUCUAUCUUCAACUAUUCCAUCCUUCCAUCUUUCUUUUCUUUUCGGCUCUCCCUCGCGUCUCGGGCUGCCUCGUGGUUACUGACGCCAGCUCAUUGCUGUUUGUUUUAGCCUUUUUCUGUGUCUUAUUUUUUAGGUUUUGUUGUCAGUGGUCCGUGUUUGUGUCCUUGUGAAUUUUUCAGCUUCGAACCUGCAUCUUUCAAGAUGCCCAUUCUAGCAUGUUCCUUCAAAAAAAAGCAAAGAGCGCGUAUGAUCGCUUGUUUUUUCCCCCUUGUAAACUCGCACUCUCACAUUAACAUAAACAUCUGGAAACCACAGUGGCGUAGUCAUUGUGUUUCUUCAUCUUCCAGUAAAGUAACAUGUCAGAGCCAGUAUGGACCGUAAAAGGGAAACAAAACAUUAGCUCAAGUUCUUAUGAAGCAUGAGAAACACUCGUAUCAGAGUUAAGCAAUAAAUGCGACUGUGUCUUUUCCUUUUUUUUUAUAUCAGUGUCUUUAGUGCUGAUUAUUAUUAUAAUGAUGUUGUCAUUAUUAUUAUGACCAUUACUAUUAUUGUUGUUGUCCUCUGUGUAAAGAAUGUUUUUUGUACAUUGUCAUUAAAAAGUCCUGCUGGACAGUGACAUACAGUUUUGAAAGUGGCCUUAAUUUUAUAUAUGUGGGGACAGUGAAUGGGGAAGGGGGUUAUGUAUUCUUGAAACUUGAUUGUUUUUUUUUUUCUUUUCUUUUUUUUUUUUUACUUUGAAUCCAUCUCAAAUGAAAAUAAAUUGAAAGAUCUGAAAAUGACUCGUUUUUGUCAUUGUACUUGUUUACAAAUCACGGUGCUACAUUCCUAGUCAGGGGUUACAAACAGUUUAACAACAAUGAUAAUGAUACUAGUGAUAAUGAUAGUAAUGAUAAUGAUCUAGCUUUCUCACUGAGAUUCUCUGUGUGUGUUCUCACUUAUAUCUUAAAGCUUUUCUCACUAAAUAAAGUAAUUUCAAAAGGC